GGCAGAGCUGAGGAGCUCUCACCAGGAAGCUGACUUACCCUAAACCACUCCGCUGUUUCUCGUCACACUACAUCUGGGUCUGCUGUCACUGCUGCCUCCGGAUGAGCUAGACCCAGUUGCCAGGACUCAUUUGGCCUGUAUGUGAAGUGGUCUCUGGUUAUCUCUUGAGGGUUUUUGAGCUUUUUUUGUCUCAAAAAUAUAAUUGUUCUAAUCUGCUAAAAAAAGAAGUCCAUCUGAAAAAGCCAAGAACCCCGAACGCCACUCUUCUUUUUUCUUCCCCUGACUUACGUAGAAUAGUUGACUUCCGUAACGUUUAUUUCCAACAGCCACUUUCAGCUUCCUGCGUGUGCUGUGUUUCCACCUGUGGAUGGGGCGGGAGUGGGGCUGCGCCAUCUGGAGAAGGCCGGCUUUGACACAGGAUUUAUCCUAAAGAAAAUACUUGCAGAGGAAAAAGAGAUCACGGGUACAUUUUCAAGGGAAUCUGAACUGACCAGUUAAGAGGGAUUCAGGAUUCUGUCUGUCUUGGUGAGAGUCAGAGGCAGGAAGUGUCUCACUAAAAGCAGAAACGUAAUUUGACUCACUGAAGAAUUAGAACCGACAGCACCACAGAGCUGUGCGGGAGAAAAGGGGAUUUUAGACUCAAGUGACACAAUCAAGUCUUGAGAAGCAAAGAGAUUUGGAUGGUUUCUCAACAAAUGGAAGUUAUCUAGAAAGCCUCUGAGACCACUGCAUCUCUCCAUCCCAUUCCUGCUGCACGGAGACGGUGCUCUUGGCCCUGGACGUUAAUAAAAUGCUGGAUUCAAUCAAGUGUGUCCUGGUGGGAGACUCUGCGGUGGGGAAAACGUCUCUCUUGGUACGUUUCACCUCCGAGACUUUUCCAGAUGACUACAGACCCACCGUGUAUGAAAAUACGGGAGUGGAUGUCUUCAUGGACGGUGUACAGAUUAGCCUAGGUCUUUGGGACACAUCUGGCAGCGAUGCCUUCAAAGGCAUUCGCCCCCUCUCAUACCAGCAGGCAGACGUGGUAUUAAUGUGCUACUCGGUGGCAAACCACAAUUCCUUUCUGAACCUGAGGAACAAGUGGAUCGGCGAGAUCCGCAGCCAUUUGCCCCGCAUCCCCGUUCUGGUAGUGGCUACUCAGACCGACCAGCGCGACACGGGGCCCUACCGUUCCUCCUGCAUCAGCCCGAUAGACGGGAAGCGGCUGGCCCAGGACGUGCGAGCCAAAGGCUAUUUAGAGUGCUCUGCCCUCAGCAACCGGGGGGUGCAGCAGGUCUUUGAGUACGCCGUGCGGACAGCAGUCAAUCAAGCCAAAAGGCAGAACAGGAGGAAGCUCUUCUCCAUUAACGAGUGCAAGAUCUUCUGAGGGCCGUCGGCAGUGGUUUUGCCCGCGUUCGUUCUUUCCGCCUUCGCACAAAGACACUGUGGCAGAGAGAAUGGCGGGCGAAUCAAAGGAGGGCUCCUGGCAGGACCACGGUGCGGGUGCCUCUGGUGAGACAGAUGUGCACUCCAUCUGACCUGCUCCCCCCAGCACACGCCGGCACUGUCUUUUAAAACAAAAGGUGCAGGUCCUUAUUCACAAGCCUGCGUUUGGACUUGGCUAGCCUGGACUGGAGUGGGCCUAGCCUGGAGAUCUGCAGAUAACAGCUGUGCUGAUGUUGUUGUUGUUGUUUUUUUCUGUUGAGUUUCCUCAGUUGUUGGGUUGCCUGCAUUUAUUUAAUGACAAACUUCUGCCUGGAUCAACCCCCACCUCUUGACAAGUCUGUCCAUGUGAAGUUUUUCAACUUUAAGGAUUUAAUGUAUAAAAUCUGACCACUGUGUAUUCUAUUUAAAAGACUCUUGUAUACAUUGUUGUAAAAUCCUGACAGUUUGUUUUCAUAUUUUGGAGGUUCUUCCUUUAGCUAACCACAGAAACAAAAUGUCCUAUCCAUAUCAUAAAUGGCCAGCAGGCAAGCCUAGCACUUCUUAGACAUGCCCGAGUCACUGUAUAACAGUAAUCAAAUCCAGUACCUCCAGCAUAGGAGUGAUCAAAACUUAGUGACAUUUGACAGCUGUCCUGUGGCUUUGUGAGAUUUAUUUUGUUAUCUUAGUCCUGUUCCUCAGCAAUGUGGUCAAAGAUGGGAUGAACCAGGAGGAAACUAACCUGGUUCUUCUUAGACCUCACCUGGUUACAAACCCAGAAGGGCUGGCUUGCAGUCAGGGCUGGUUUAGACAUACAGUUGGGGUGGCAGAGAUGAACCUGUGCUAUCAUCACCUCUGUUGUCCCCGCUGUAAUGCUGGAGGCAAAGGAUUUCAGUCUCCACGGAUGAAAGGUAUAUUUUUAUGAGCACUAAAAUUCUUACAUAUUUUUAGUACAAUUCUUUCUGAAACAGUGGUUUUAGUGAAACCAGUUACCUACUAUAGUAAAAAACUAAGUACAUGGCAAUGUUGAAUAUGCAUAUUUAGAAUGGCUAAAUAACUUUUUUUUUUUUUUUUUUUGAGUUUGCAUACUAAGUAUAACUGCCAGGGUUUUAUCAAAAUAAGACUGAAACAGGCUUUGCAUCCUGAGGAGCCUGGCAAGUCUAAGAGUCAAACCCUGAUGUACCUACUCAGGCCAAGUUAUCCUCCUGCAGAGAAAGCCAGGCUAAGGAGGUGGAAACUCCAGGUGUGUAAGAGAACUCUGCUAGAAGACGGAGUGGGGUUAACACGCAAUUCUGUACAUUCCUCAUGAGUUGUGGUGUUCCCCUCCUCCUCAGGUUAUCUGUCCGCUCUGUCCUCCACCAUCUCUCAGGUCUUGCAGAUCUGUCUCAUCCCAAGCUUUCCGCUGCCAUAGAGGAAAUCCCCUGGGGGAUUUGUUAGUGCAUCAAGAUUUUUUUACUCCCUUUCCCUAUCCUUCAGCUAGCUCAGAACUGACCUUUGAGGGGCUUAUAGCAUGGUGCCAUAAAAGAUGGCACAUAGCACAGUAGGAUGAUUCUCUCUCCACACGGAUCCUGAGAGAAUGACUCAUGUCUGUUUUGGCUGAGCCCUGACUCGUGUGUUACAACAGGAAUGGAUGCAGUGGCUUGUCUGAUUCAAAUCCAAGGUGGGACUUCAGGAGUUGCCCUACUAAGCAAAUAAGCUAUAGCUCAGAUUUUAUCUAUUUGUAGUUUGUCCCUGAAAAACUGUUUGGGUGCUCUUCUUCAUACUCUAUUCUGCCUCUGAGCUUCUCUAUAAAGAGAAAUUAUGAAUUAAAUCAUUCCCCUCCUAUGAAUCCCAGAGAUGAUCUCACCUGUGAUGUAAGUGAGCCUGGUGGGCACCUCGAAUAUCUAUGGUGCACAGGACAUUUGAUGGUGUGAUCAUCCUGCCAGCUCCCAGCCUGGUGAAUAUUUACCACUCAUCAACCUGAUUGUAAGGGAGGCUUCUGGUCAUAAAACACUGGUCUCGUGAGUUUUUCACAUCAGCUUUAAAUCUUUACAAGCUUCUGCACCCAUGCACACAAGAUGAGGGCUCCCAUCACUGCCCAUCUUUCCUGUACUCCUCUUUCCUACUUCUCUUUCUCUUCAGGUGUUGAUUGCAAAUCCUUUGCCCCCUGAAACACUAAAACUGACAUGUUUGUAAAAUAACCUGAAGGACGUGAUACUUACGCAGAGUUACACAAGUAGCUAGGUAUUUGCAGUUCUUGGUUAAAAAUCUUUUGGCUUUUGGAAGAAAUAUGUUUCUACAUCUUAAAUCUUGCAAUGCCUCUCCACUGAAAGUUUUGGGGUUUUUAACUCUAAUGUAAAAGUAGCCAUUGUUACUGCCUGAACAUUAAAGACCACAUGCAAAAUGUCA